UCAAUACACAGCUGAGCAAUUCCGCGCGAAUCGCGAAUGUCCGUACGUGUUCAAUGCACGACGAUCGCACAGCUCCGCAGCACUGAUCCGAAAGAAGUCUACCACCACGUUCAUCAUAGUUUGUUUGCAUGUGAUAACGUGCCCGGUAAAACAGCCUGCAUUGCUGCAUAAAUUAAUCCAGUUAAGGUGCAGUUGAUACGGCAAGCUGGCAAGCAAGAUUCUGAUAUUCAGCUCAGGCAAAAGAUUUAAGGCAGAUCUUCAAAGCUGUUCACACGUUGCAACAUGGUACAGACCCUAUAAUUCACAACUUCUGUCACAUCUCGGCUUCAUCUGCGUCAAUCUGAUGUGGAGAUAAUCAACAUGAUGGUGACGGCUGCCAUGGAUGUAGGCGAAGAGGUUUCGUCGUUUCAGACCGUCAUGAGCAAGCUCCAGGGAAAGCAAGAUGGCGGGGCAAGCGAGGGCGGGGCAAGCGAGGACAGGGCCGGUGCUUAUGAUGCGAUAUCCAACUGGUUCAAGGAGAACGACGCAGCCAAGGUCAAGGACAGUGAGAACCUGGAUGUCAGCGUCUUGGUUCGUCAGUUCAGUACCGACGUGAUGUCAGAGGACGCAACCUUGGUUCAAGCUGCUUUGCCUGCCAUGGGCUUCUGUCUCAAUCAAGCAGGCAUCUUGAGGGCAUUUACCGAUGAACAUUGCAGUCUAGUAGUAAAGGCAUUGUGCAAUUGUUUGCUGAAGACGGACGACAAGAGUCUCUGCACUAGAGCACUAUGGUGUCUUGCAAAGCAAAAUAUCAAACCAGAAAUCAUUAAAGAAGAGAUCCAUACCAUCCUGUGUAGCGUUGAGAAGGCUGUCCAAGGGGAAGGAAGUGCCAAGUCAAUGACUGUACAGCAUGAAUCUAUCAAUGUCAUUAUCAGAUUACAGGAGCAGCUCCCUGAGGCCAUGUCCCUCCACGCGGCCCGCUGGGGCAAGCUCCUCCUGCCCAACCUGGUCCACACGGCCCCUAGGAUCCGAGACCGAGCCGUCCACGCCACCCACCUGGGCCUCGUUGCCAUGGUGCAGGCAAGGGCGGAGCUAGCCGGGCCUUUGAUUGCCGAUUUGAAGAGCACCCUGCUGACGGAGAUGAUUAAGUUGUUCCGGGCCAGGAAUGAACUGUUGAUGUUGAAAGUAUGGACUUACUAUGUCACGAUUCUAGGAAAGUCCCUGCACAAGGGUGGUAGCUUGAUCAACAGCCUUCUCACAGUGAUAGAGCUGGGCUUCAAGAACCCACAACCUGAGGUGAAGAAAGCAGCUUACAAGAGCUGGCAGGCACUCAUCGAUAACUUCAGUCUAGACCUGGAUGUCCUUAGCAAUGCUAAGAGGCUCAAACUGCUGAUGCAGCCUUUCCUAGCAACCAGUAUCCGAUUUGAGAGUGUUGUGCACGUCAAGCUGGAUACAUGGUGGCGUCUUGUCUCAUCUUUGGGGACGAGGUUGCCUUCUACAUUUCCGGUGGUAUGCGCACCCCUUCUGCAAUGCACGCUGGGACCGAUAAGAACCGGUGCUGCAGGGGUAGUGACCCCCAGCAAAGGAGGGGUAACAGCGCCCCCAUUCCUGCAGGGAUUCAGCACCCCUCAGGCUAGAACAGCCAUGCUUCCAGCGGCAAGCCCCAUCACACCUCGCCUCAACCUCUCUCUGAAUAGCUCCGGUGCCCAGCAGACCUUUUCAUCUGUUCAGCUGAGAGGGGUUCGCAUGUUGGCGGCCAUCAUGGGUAUCCAACAGCCACCCAGAGACGCUUCAGAGUCAAUAGAUGUACUGCCCCAGAGAAUCUUGAGUAGCCCCAGUGUUUUCAGCAAAGUUGCCCCAUGUCUUGUCCCAUUUGUGAUGGAUGUCUUGUUCCUUCAAGACGAAACAAUAGGUGACCUUCCCUUGAGGAUAUUCAAUGAGUUUGUGGAGCAGGUCAAAGGGGUCGUCGAGGGGUCAUCUAAGCGGGACAGUGUCGACGUCUUCACCCUCUUCGUGGAGCACCUGACGACGCUCAUUAACUCUAAUCAACUACCUCCCUCUACAGUUCUAAAACUUCUUGAUUCUGUAAGUCAGCUGCCAAAGAAAGUACUAUCAUCUUCAAGCUAUCAUACAGGAAGUGCUGGUGUCAUGCAUGGUACACCAGCUCUGUUCCUCACCAGUCUUCUCUUCAAUCAAACAACAGUAGUCUCCAAACCAGAAGAAAGGUUCUUCAGUAUUCUCAUGAGACUGGUCGAGUGCGGUAUGGCGUCUCCCGGGACCUUCCUGGGAUUCAGCCAGUCCGUCAUAGCCAUCGUUGACAAGGUCUCGGACUCCGUCACUGACAAGGACGCCCUCUGGAGGAUGUGGAGUGCGCUGGCAGGCCCUCUACUGCAACACAUUGCUCAGACGAAUGAGGUAAAUCAAGGUGACUCCCUGGAGCAUGAUUUCUCGGCUGUGAUUGCCUGUUUGCAGUUUCCGAUUCAAAGAUUGCUCACCGAUGAUCUUUCCCAGCCUACUGUCAAAACACUCUUAAAACUCUGGUCUGAGUUGUACGAGGCGUUCGCCCGAUCUGCGUCAAGGGUCUCUAUCGCUGAAGCAAACCAAUGCUGUGAAGAUAUCAGUAGCAAGCUGAUGACACAGAUGGAUGGAGCUGCUCUUGAGAAAUGGUGCUAUGUAGAUGCUGUAGGUCAGAUAUGUCAAGUGAUCACGCGGAACCUUGAUCUGUCGCACUACACCGUUACUACCCCAGGAUCACCACGCCACCCAGGUAAACGACCCAAGGUCAAGAGUCGUUACCAGGGUAAUCUCACGUCAUUGGUCAAGCUGGUGGCUCAUGUGACAGAGGCAUGUGCUGAUCUUUGUAAGAAGCAGACCACCCCGUUUUCUCCUUCAUUGAGUCAGACCGAUGUCCUACACUGGUUUUCCGCGGCACAGUCUCUUAUUGGUGCUAUGUCAGACUGUUGCCGAGUUGGCCUACCUUCCUACCUUCAUGGAAUCUUAAUCAACUGGAGCAAACCCUUAGGACAUUUCAUGCAUUUCGUUGCCAGUCCAAACAUAGCAAAGAAAGACUACCUCAGUGCAAUCGAUGAUAAACUGGAACGGCUCUGGAUCGAUCUCACCACCACCGUCCAGAAUCGCUACUCAAGCGGCUUUGAUUCGGCCUUCCUUCACGUGAUGGCGCCAGCAUUGGAGGCUGCGUUCACUUACAAGAAGCGGAGUUUGCGAAAUUACACUCUCAUCUUCUGGACAGCUACCUUCGGGAAUCAAGACUCACUGCAAUAUCCUGAAAUCCUGAAACCAUGUUUAGCCAAGAUGAAAACGAUUGGAGAGAUUCCUCUUCCAGGCUGGACAGAAACGGAAGGUGUUUGCGGGGAAACCCCGGUCAUUCCAGAGACCGAAGACCCUGAUGAUGUCAUAGCUCCGCCCGCCCUACCCGCAAUCCCCAACUUUGGAGCCCCGUCUCCCCAGAAAAUGCACGGCAGCUUCCUCCAUCGACUGGACGACGCCAAGAAGCUCCUAGCGGCCUCAUCGCCGGUCAAAGGUCAGAUGACCUCACCAGGGCGGGGCCGGAGGAUCCAGACGUACUCUCCUGGGUCCGCAAAGAGGAAGCAGUUCGCGUCGCCCAUGGCAAUGGAUGCUGCCAAGAGACGGCUGCAUGUUGAUGAGGAUAAGAAUACGGCCUUUGUGGUCAUCUCGUCCGAGCCGAAGAAGAAGCGUGUUCUGACGGAGCACCAGAAGGAGGUGAUGAGGACCAAGCGGGUCUCGCUGGCCCUCUAUAACGGCUUGGACCAGUCCCAAGACACCCAGGCCUUUACCCAGACCCAAAGCCAGUCCCAAGCAUCAUCUCCAGUACCUACCCCGGAGGUGGAGGACCUACCAGAUGACGCCAAGAAAUUCAACUUCUCAGAGAUAACAGGACAGAAGUCAACAGCGGGAGAGGAAAUUCAGAAAGAAAAGAAGGCAGAAGAAGAGAUGAAGGAAACCGAGGAAGAAGACAGCGUGGUUGUUUUGCCGAGCAGCCAAGAAAAGACACAGAAGCCAGCCCGGAGGAUCGUGACCUUCUUUGAACCAGUGAAGAAGUCGUCCUCGCCGAUCAAGGAUUCGGGGCAGAUGCUGAUGGAGGAUGGAAUUGAUCACCAUGGUAACAAUACCAAGGAUGUUGAUGCUGAUGGUAGUAAUGGAGAGACAUGGAGUGAUGCUGUCCAGGAGCUGCAGUCAGACUGUGAAAAGGAAUCAUCUGUAGUGAUUGUGGAUGACACUUGCCCGGAUGUAUCUCAAGGGGAAUUAGGACUACUAUCAGGUGCGGAUGUUGACAAGGACGCAGAAGGGAUGGAGGAGGAAGGUGGAGAAUUUGUGGUGCCAGAGACACAAGAAGAAUCGGUGAAAGAACCGGGUGAUUCUUAUGUUUCCAACACCGUUAUGCCAGUGGUUGUUGGUGAGAGUCCAGUGAAGGAUAAAGUCAUUCCAGAGUCAUAUGUAGAGAGCCCUAGCAAGGAUGACAACCCUUCAAUUGCUCAGGAGGAAAGUCCUUCAAGAGAUGUUUUGGAUGCUGAAGAUUUGAUGGAUGUCCUUCCAGAUGGAAGAUUCCAAAAGGUCAUCAGCACACCAGUUAUCAAGCUGCAAAAACUUAGCCAAAGGGAAAUUGAGCUAUACAGUCCAAGGGCUGCAAGAUACAGUCAAGAAGACACCCAAGAGCAAAGUCCCUUUAAAAAACCUCAGGAUUACGAGCUUGCAGGAGGUUCAGAUGCAAGUAGUCCAAAGAUGCAGAGUCCCGGACAAUCCUCACCUGCCGGGACACCGCGUCUAAGGAGAUACAGAUCAGACGAGAUACACAACAGGAAAGGAACACCAAAGUCAGCUCGUAGGUCAAACUCUGUUAGUGAAGUGUCGAGUCCCAAGAGUAAAGUCAGCCACACAAAGAAAGCGACAGACCUGAAUAUCCUACAGGCUAGUCAACAGGACCUAGCAGAUUUGGCUGAGAGGUACGAGCUGGAUGGGAUAGCGCCCUUGGGCGAUGACCUAGACCAGAGUAUCGAAGAAUGCCUAGCAAAUUUGGACAAACAGGAUGGUGAGACGGAUGAUGAUCUGCCGUCGGUGGACUACGGUCAGACUCAGAAAAGUGAUGAAGUCAUGCCAGACUCUGAAAGGAUGGAAGACCAUAGUGUUGAUCGGGAAGUGCCAGAUGAGGAUGUUCUUUGUAGUCAGCAAGAACUGUUCUCUAGUACCAUGGAUGAGACGGGCAUGGAUGAGACGGUCAUUGAGGUGAUGCCUCAUUCCGUUGAGGAGGUGCCUGAAAGGGAUGUUGUUGAGACUGAGAAAUCUGCUGAAGUAUCCUCCCAAAAGUCAACAAGAAGGAGGAGCGGAAGGUCUCGAAAAUCCCAGAGCAGUAAAGAAGAAGUUGCUAGGUCACAAGAGGAAAAUGAGGAGGAAACCUCCCAGGAUUCUACUUGUGCAGACAGUGACAAUGUGGAACAAGUGACGACAAGGAGAGGAAGGUCAAAGCUUUCUCAAAAUUCAGAGAAUGAAAGAAAUGAAAGCCAAGAAAAGAGUAGCAUUGCAGAGGUUAAAAAUACUGCAAGAAGGAGAGGGAAGCCAAGAAAAACGGAAGAUGUUGGUGAGGAAAGUCAGGCUUCGGAGAGUGGAGAGAAAGAAACAGAAGAAAUUAAACGCAAGAGGAGCAGACCCCAAAAGACUUGUGAUCGAGAUGAGGAUAGUCAAUUAGAAGAAGCAGAGGAAGGGAAAAAGUCUGAAAAAACGAGAGGAAGGCCGGGAAAAGAAGAUGAGAAGAUAAGUUCUUUAGAUAAAAAUGAUCAAGAAACUGAUAGUGAAGUACUAGGUACUCCAACUAAAAGGGGAAGAUCUAGGAAAUUUGAAGGAAAUGAAGGAGGUAGCCAGAAACAAGAUUUGGGGAGUCAGGAAGAACUUACAACUAUUGGAAGAAAGAGAAGGCGUCAAAGGAAAAGUGAUGUUUUCAAAGACCAGAAAGCGUCAUCACAAGAGGACCAAUUAGAAGUUUCUGAAGGAAAGAAUGAAGACGCUUCAGAAAGGCUUGCAGCAGAUGCUGAUUUGUCUCAUGAGAAACAGCAAGAUGAAAAGAUGGUUCAGAAAGAAUGUGAGAAUAAAGUCUUGCCAGAAGUAGAAAUGACUGCUCCAAACAGCGUGACCGAGCCUGAGGCAAAUAGCAGUUCUGAAGACCUCUUUGGAACUCAAAGUGAGACGUUACCUAAAACUGGUGACGAUACUACAGACCCUCAGUUGAAUGACUGUGUUUCAAGUGACGAUGAUGAUGUUCCCCUUGUCCAGAUCAAGGCAUCGCUGCAGAGCAAAGCAGACAAAGAAUUCAAGCCAUCGGAGACGAACGAUGCUGGUAAUUCAUCUGAAGAUUCAGAGGUAGACUUUCCAAUCAUGACACCAAGUAACAGGGAGGACAAGGUCAGCCCUACAACAGAGACACCGCCUAGAGAUCAACUGGCUGAUGUGCUGACUAGGCUCAAGGAGAAGGAUACUCCAAAGCAUGAUCUGUCUGCUUUGAAGGAAGAGGAGGUUUUAACUGUGACAAGGUCUGGACGGAAAUGCAGACCAAGUAUAAAGAUAAGAUGUGCUAAGGACAUUCUCAGGAAAGCCUUGAUGUCACCGGAUGGAAGACACAAGCUCAGUAAAGCAAAAGCUGCCGGAGCAUUGAAGUCUCCUACAAGGAUAUCACCAAAGGCUCUUCGAUCAAUGGCCCAGAAAUUAGCGAUGAAGGAAACAUCUCCCAUCAUUGGUAAGAAAAAGCAUAAACAUAGAAGCCACUCUCCAGAAAAGAAAGAUGCCUUAGGAGCUGAGGAGGCAGGGCUGAAGGCAGGCACAAACUUACCAAACGAGGAUGUUUCUACGUAUGCAAUAUCUCCAAAGUCACUAAAGGCCUUAGCAGAGAAGGUAGCGCAAGAUCUCUCCCCAGAACGGAUUCUGUCUCCGCCAAAGGUCAGGUCAGCAAGAAGAUCUCGCCCACUUUCCCCCAAAACCUCCUCCCUUAGCAGCAGUCAAAUCCUGCGCAAUGCCAGGUCCGGAAAGUCCUCCAAGCGGUCAAAAUCACCAGUGUCUAAGCGGCUGAGGUCCAAGAGGCUGCUACUCUCGCCUGGACCCAUUCAGACAAGAGAGGGCACAAAGCUCUCCAGGAUGGAAAUCAAGAAGCGCAACAAGACACAGAAGGCCACAAAGGGACACCUUGAACAGCCCCAAGAGGAGAAGAAUAGCAUUGAUGACAUUGUUGGCGGUGAACAACCAAAAGAGGGAGCUGAUCACGAAGCUGAUGAGAAAGUGUCAAAGCAAGCAGAGGAAGUUAUUGUCAUCAAGGAUACCAUGAGCCAAGAGAUGGAUGAGGACAGUACUCAAGUGGAAGAAGAGAGAUUUGAAGGAGGUCUAGUCAAAGGAACAGAUCAGACCUCUGAGACAGAGAUCAAGGAUAAUGAGAAAGAUGGGAAUGAGUGUAUCACAAAUGUUGAUGCAAGUUUGGAUGCUGUUGACGAGGAUGGUGAUAUUGAAAUGAAAGACUUGGAGCAGAUGAUGUCCCAAGAUCAUGAGGUACCUAAAGUUGAUGAAGUUAUCCUUCAGCAACCACAACCUCAAGAAGCAGAAGAUGUAGCUGAGUUUGAAAACAAAAUAGGAGAACAAUCAAAAGACACUGAAAUCCCUGCAGCUCAAGAUAUUACUUCAUCAGAAGAACACCUUUCAGAACCUGUCCCCGUGGAACAAGACUUGAAGAAGGAUUUUCCAGAAAAGGAUGAUGAUGGUAUUAAACAAAAUGAUGCAGGCUGGAUGAAGACGAGAUCUAAAAGAAGCAGUCAGAGAUUAACAUUUGGAGAAGAGGGUGACUCUGUAGAACGAUCUUCUGAAAAAGAAAGCAGCGCUCUCAGAGAGGUGGACAAACUCGAGGAUGUACAGGUUAAAGAGGACGAGUCAGACAAGUCAGAAAGUGAUGGGGAUGAAGAUAGUGAUGAUGAUGAGACUAGCAUUGAAAGUGAAGAGUCAGGAGAGGAGGAGGAGGAGGAGAAGGAGGAGCAAGUGAUGGAGGCAGAGGGAAUGGAUGGUUUACCAAAGAGCACAGACACCUUUGUCAAAGAUGGAGAUCUGGAGGAGGUAAAAGGAACUCCCAUUGGUGUGGUAUCUUCAGGGCUGGAUGUUCAAGAUACCUUAGAUGACAUCAUCAACAGCAGUCAGAGUCCGCUGAAAUUUCUACCUGAGGAGGAUAGUGUCCAGCCAGAGGGUACAACCGACUCUUCAUCCCAGCGGCUAACCUUCCCCAACCUCUCCCCACCAGAGAUGGACAACCAAGCCUCCCCUGAGAGACUUUCUAUGGCCUGCAUGACCUUGGGUCCGCCGCCGUUUCGGGUCUCUCCCAUCAUUCCCACCAAGUUCACCCCGAGGACGCAGGGUUCGCCGGAAGGGGCGAGCAUGCGACCCAGGUGGCCUAACCAGGUCGACUCUCCAGAGGGCAGUAUACCUCACAUGUACUCGCCCACUGCAUCACCAAGCAGUGGGAUUCUGAAGCGCCGUGAUAUGAUUGGAAGCAGCUCUCCAUCUCCCUCCAGCAAGAGCCGUCGUGUGAGUUUUGCCGACAAGGUAUUCAUAGAACCUGAACCCCUGCAAGACCACAGCGCUGAUCCCAAGAUUCCUAAGACUGCCGACAGCUCUCUCUUGCACGGGUUGGCACAAGAUUCCUCCAGAGGGCGCCUUCCAAUGUCUCCUCUUGUCACCACGGCUUCAUCGAAAGUACAUAAUUCAAAGUACAUCACCACGCCAUCGAAGUCGGAUUCCAGUCAGUCCUCAUCGUCAUCACCAUCAUCGUCGUCGUCAUCAUCAUCCAGUACCCUGCAUCGAUUAAGAAGGAAGAGCCCCCACUCCAGCCGGCGUAUGAAGAGCAAGCCCGUGAAGAGCUUUCCCAAGUCAUCCUCCUACGCCAGCAAGGUCUUCAACAUGGUUAAUCAAAACCAGGAGAGCAUGAAGAAACCAAAGGUCUCCUCUCAGAGUACCCAGGGUUCAUUGACCCAGGGGAGCCCCUCCACACAGGUCGACAGUAGCCUGGAAGCCCAGGGGGAGAGCCAGGGGUCCGUGUACCCCGCCCUAGCGAAGUGCUCCCUACCGGUGGAGAAUGUGCUUCCUCGUCUGACAUCCUCCAUGUGGUCUAGAGGUCUAGGCCAGCUAGUCCGAGCUAGGAACAUCAGGACCAUUGGGGACCUGUCGUCUCUCUCACCCAUGCAGGUUCAGUCACUGCCAAUCAAGUCUCCCAAAGUCGGCCAUCUCAAGAAUGUCCUCUCAGCAUUCCAAACAGAAAAGUUCCCAGAGUCGAAAGGAACAGAAGUUGAUUCACUUUCGAAGGCAGGCAGCAGUACAAAAGAUGAUGGCAGCUCAACACCUCCAGGCAGACCACCAGGUCAAAGGUCAAACACAGAAGCCACGGAGGAGAUGACCUCCAAGGAUCCCUCGGGUAGCCUGUCGCCUCCCAGGAGUCCUCAGCCAGUGCCUGGUAGCGGUCUCCUAGGACGACUGGAAGGUCUAGUGUCGGACUUCAAAGAUGGCGCCCUUGAUUCCCUGCCUGCAGCAGAGUUGUUCCGAGCUCAUCAACACGUCAAUAAUCUGACGGAAAUUAUCAUGGGUGCGCUUAAGGCCAAGUGUCACUCACCUAGUAUGACAAAAGAUAACUGAGGUCAGAGUUUGAAGGUCAAGCAUUAGUAGUGCAAUGUUCUUUGGCAGGUUGACAACCCGACAGAUAUGGGUGCGGUUAAGGACGUCUGUCAUUUACUUUGGAAAGUUCUGUUGUUCGAGACUCAUCAACUGGUCGAUCACUGGGUAGACAUUUUCAUGGACGCACUAAAGGUUAGGUGUCAUAACUCCUGUCAUAGUUCAAAGGACAAACAUUGGUAGUGCAAGGCUCAGUGGCUGGUUGACAACCUGAUAGACAUCAUGGAUGCUCGAGAGGUCAAAUGUCAUUCCCCUAAUAUGACAAAAUACAGUAACAGAAGACGGAGUUUAAACAUCAGUUUUGUCUGAGUAUCAGUGGCUUGAUGACAAUCUUAACAGAGAGAAUCAUAGAUGACAAAGGACAAAUAGUGAGCAUAGAGUUCAGAGUUCAAAGAUCAAAGCCUUUUUUAAAAUUCUACUCUUACUGCCAUGUGAACAAAUUGAUGAAACACAAUCAUGGAUUCAUCAAAACCCCAACUGAAAAACGAGAGAGGUUAGAGUUGAAGGGUCAGAGUAUUUCCAGGCUCAUUUUGCAAGGUUGUUGCAAGGUUAAUUUGCCAUUGAUCUGUUUCUGAUUCACAUUUACUAUUUUAACUUGAGAAUACAGCUUGUAUUUGAUGGUGAUUUCCUGUGACGUUAUUACUUGUUUACAGAGCUUUUAUCAUUAUUUCUUUUUACCAAAAAGCUCUCUUGGAGUUUUUAUCUAUUGUCAAUUGAGUAGUUAUGAUUAGACUUUGAUAUAUGCAAUUUCUUUUCAGCUUCUACGAGAUGCCAAUGUGGUGACUUAUAUAAAGGUAUCACAGAUUUUUCUAGUCUGUUAUUUUUGCUUUUCCUUUAUUCAAGGACAUUGACACUAUGUUUCAAUUUUCACCUUCUAUUUAAGCAGCUCGAUAUGUUGGUGUCUUAUUUCUGUUAUGCAAUCAUAUGUAUUUAAUUUGUGCGAUGCUCACCUCAUGCAGUUACAUCUGCUUUAUACUGUAAAUAUUACGGCAGCUUCAUGUAUCAUUUUGUUUGUACUCUUGAAUGUUCAUUAUAAUUAAUUUCAUAUUUCAUGAACAUUCUGUGUGAAAGUCAUCAUGUUACAUUGUAUUAUAUAAUCAUGCAUUAAGCCUUUUCCAAAGAGGCAAAUUCGUUCUUCUUCAAAAAUGAUUCCAUUGUAUUUAUUAUAUAUGUGUGUCAGUUGUUUUCAGUGGUUGGAAUUUAUUUAUUGACUGAAUUGUUAGUAUUAUAUAUGGUUUAUGUAAUCUGCCUGGCAAUGGUUAAUGGAAUCACAGUAUGGAAAUCAACAUGUAAUAUUGAAUUCUACUGAUUAUACCACACUAAAACGUUCCAAUGGUGCCAUAGUGCAUUGUUUUCCUUGCAGCUCUUAUGCAAUGCAUAGUACUUAUACCCUAUAGAGAGCAAGGAAAACAGCACCAAAAUUACAACAUUAAAUAAUAUAGAUAAAUACUGAAACAAUUAUGUAUGAAUAGGGCUAGUACAAAAUGAAAGCUUUGGUACUGUACAACAAUAUAAAGAAAUGCAAAGAAAAAUAUUUAGGGAAAUAGUCUAUUUGCUCAGUUGAUUUUUUUAAUUUUGCAACUAGUUAAAAUAUGAUUUAAUUUUGGUAUAACACACUUUUUCCAUAGACUUCAGCACAAGUUAUUUCGGGCUCGGUUUUAAAGUGGUUUUAGCUUUUAGAUCUCACAGUUUUACUGUUGCAUUAUUACUUUUCCCAUAAUUGAUGAUAUUCAGAAUUUGUAAUGAAUAAUUAUAACUGUUAGUUAUUUGUUGGUAUACAUGUAUUUUAGGGUUGAAUGAUUUUUAUGAUUUUGUAUUUUGAAGCCAUGAAUGUUAUUUGUUAAUCUCAUUUGAUUGAAGUUGAUUCACCUUAUCAUUAUGACUGUUACAUGAAAUGGAUUUAAUUCUGGUGCUCUCAUAAACCACCAGCAGCUAAUAUAAUGCAUGUACCUCUCUCGUACUCCACUGCUCAUUCAAUGUUAUAUUUAUUUAUUUAGCCCUGACCUUUUCCCUGGCAACACUUUACAUGUAUUUAAUUAACAAAGGGUUUAUGGUUGCGUUUAGGUUUUAGGUUAGGUUUAGGAAUAGGUUUGUUUUAGCAUUUAGUGCAGUGUUACAAUACUUCUGUUUAAAGGGGCUCUUUUAGGAAUUUGGUGUUGUAUAAGUGCGAUUUUCUCAGUGGUAUUUAGGUACUUUACUGUGUUUUACCAGAGCUCAUUUUCAGAGCUCUUUCCAAGCUUUUGAGAGCUAAAUCACUCGCCGCUCAAGAUCAUUUUUUUGCUGGUUAGGCGUUAUUUGGUCCAGGGCUGAAGUGAGAAUUUGGUUUGUGUAUGAUAAUGACCGCAAAGCAUUUUAACCAGAGCAUGUGUUAAGAUAUAUUACUUUUUUUUAAAGUUAGGGUAUAACAAGCAAUUUCCUUAGACCCCGGCCCAAGCCUUCUUUGAUUUGUAAAAGAUCACACAUUAGUAAUGGUUAAGCCUAACAUUAUGAUAGAAAACUGUUCAAUAGUGUGUUUACAUAAUUUUUUAUCGCCAGUGGUUCGAUGAUAAAAAGCGCCCUUUUUGUAAAUAAUUUUGUACUAUAACAAGGGGGCAAUGAUGAUUUCUUGUAGACGUAAGUUUUUAAUAUGUGAACGAAGGAUGGUCUUAAAGUGUAGGCAGGUGAAUGUCAUUUUGUAUCACUGUCAAAUUUUGAGAUAUGAUAGGAUAUUAGUGUUCUAUGAAGAUAUUGUGGAUUGUGUUUUUUAUGCCUUUUUUUUUCUUUCAAUUUGAGAUGUUAAUAAAGAUAUUCUAAUGAUAAAAACAAA